AUGCCUCCCUGUCGGGCCGAACUCACGAGCGACGGCCACAGCUAUACCAAAGAGGGCGGCCUUGUUGCAGGUCUGCACACGUACAGUGUGACCGAGCCAGAGUGCAACUUCCAGUCUGCUCAGGAUGAUUGGGAAGCCAUCGUCAUCGGCGCGGGCUACACCGGUCCGGUUGCUCCUCGUGACCUUGUUAAAGCUGGCAAGUCUUUUCUUUUGUGCCCUCCACUCCCGUGUUAUAUGUUGAAUCUAUCAGGCAAGCCAGAGAAAGAAGUCUUGAACAUCUUGCAAGAUGUCUCGGGCUGA